AUGACGCGCAGGAAGGACAGUGCCAGUCCUCCGCAUCGACGACGACUUGUCGACGGCUCGCCCGAGCUGAUGACGUUUGUUUUGCCCGGCGAGACUGCCCCACGACCGUCAGAUGCCAUAUCGAUCGUCAAGCUAGGCCCAGGCUUGGGUCAUCUUGGUCCGCUACACGGCAACAAGUCGAAUAAAGACGACAAUGCUUCCACUGUCACCGUCAUCAAGUCUGGCUUGCUGGGCCAAGAAACGCUCUCUACGAACAGGCAGACCGAGUCUGCAGAGCUCACACAGUCCCUCUGGAUCGAUUCGGCCGGAAAACGCUACAAUCCCUCCCCGUCAGAGUCCGUCAUCGGCUUUGUGACGUACAGAGGCGCAGAGGGCUACAGAGUCGAUAUCGGUGCUUCUCAGCCUGCCAACCUAGACGCACUCGCUUUUCAGGGUGCCACCAAACGUUCAAAACCGCAGCUCAACUUGGGAGCAGCAGUGUAUGCUCGUGUGAGCUUAGCAUAUGCUUUUGUCGAACCGGAGAUCGAGUGCUAUGAUCCCACCACGCAAAAGUCAGCUGGCUUUGGCGAGUUGGAGGGCGGCAUGAUCUUACGCGACGUGCCUCUACGCAAAUGCCGAGAAUUGCUUGCUGACAAAGAUGCAGCGCUCAGUGAGCUAGGCAAGAAGAUGCCGUUUGAGCUCGCCAUCGGCGUCAACGGACGUAUCUGGCUCAAAGGCGCCGACACAGCCUCGACGCUUGAGCUAUACCAGACGCUUGCUAACAUGUGCUCAGUCCAAGUAGCAGGAAACCGUCCAAGCGCGGCGAUGCUUGCUUUCGAGCGGCUCUAUUUUGCGCCCAUCAGAGGGGACAUCAUCUCUAGAGCGCGUGGUCAGACGCCAAACGCGGCAUCGCGCACGAAUGGUUGA